AUGGAAACAAAAAUUAUAUUCUUGGAUAUUGACGGAGUAUUAUGUUUUAGGAAAGAAAUCGAUCAAAAAUGUCUAGAAAAUUUAAAGAAAAUAUUGGACGCCACAUCCGCACGCAUCGUUUUGUCUUCUUCUUGGAGAUUUUUCCCAAAAUCAAGAACCAAGGUCGAAUCAGCAUUUAAAAAAAUUGGAAUCGAUCGCCUAUUAGGAUGGACUAGUAGUCGAGGUAAAACAAGAGUAGAUGAAAUUUAUCAUUGGCUGAAAGAUUUCGAUAAUAAAACCAUUCAUGAAGAUAUUUUUAUAACAAAAUGGAUUGCCAUUGAUGACAUGGAUCUAUUUAAAUUGGAUCCAAAACGAAUGCAAGAUCAUUUUGUAAUGACAAUGCCAUUAAAUGGCAUAACAGAAGAAACUAUCAGGGAAGCAAUUAUGUUACUUUCUUGA